AUGAAGGACUACGUCGAAUUGCUGGUCAAGGGCGCACUGGCGUUUGGUCUGAUCUGGUAUCUCCUGCGACGGUAUCGGACUUCCCAAUUUGAGCGAAAGUUCGCCCUCGAGAAAGGCUGCGAGCCACUCCGUCCAUGGAGCGCCAAGUGGCCCAUGGGCCUUGAUCUACUCGUGAAGGUAUUCCGAUACGCGCGAGAGGAGCGAGUCUUGCGCUUCUUCGUCGACGUGGUCGGCGACUCGGGCCAUACGUUUGAACAGCGGCUGCUUGGUGUGACGGGCAUCGACACAAUUGACCCGGAAAACAUCGAGGCUAUCCUGUCGACUGACUUUGCAAAUUACACGCUCGGACUGCGCCCUGCGCACUUCAAGCCCCUGCUGGGGUCUGGCAUCUUCACCCAGGAUGGGGCCGCCUGGAAGCAUUCCAGGCAGCUGUUGCGCCCGCAAUUCGCCUCAAAUCGGCGUCAGAACUUUGAGCAGAUUCAACGCUGUGUGCAGAGCAUUAUCAAUGACAUCCCAGAGAAUGGGGUGGUUGAUCUGCAGCCACUCUGCUUCAAGCUUACCUUUUCCACCACCAUGUUCCUCCUCUUUGGGGACGCUGUCGAGGCAAUGGACUGGGGCAAGGUGGUUGGCCAGGAGUCGAGAUUCUCCGCGGCGUUCAACCAAGGCCAGGAUUACCUGGCGAGCCGAGGCCGUCUUGGUGACCUAUACUGGCUCAUGAACGACAGGAAAUUCCGCGAGGCGUGCCGGGUGUGUCAUGAAUUCGUUGAUAGGGCAGUCGCAGACGCGCUCGAGGAUUCCGAUAACAAGCGAGCCGAGAAAGAGGAGAGUUAUGUCUUUAUAAAGGCACUUCUUCAGCAGACGCGAGAUCCUGAGGUCCUGCGUGACCAAUGCCUGAAUAUCCUACUGGCUGGGCGAGAUACCACCGGCUGUUGUCUGACGUGGUCCUUACACCCUCAUAUUCUGAGCCGGCUAAGAGAAGAAAUUACAGAGCACGUUGGGAUCGGACCCGAAGCGAAGCUCCCCACACGCGAGCAACUUAAGAAAAUGACAUAUCUUGGCCUCGUCAUCAAAGAAGUUCUCCGUCUGUAUCCCUCCGUGCCCGUCAACUCCCGAUCGGCGAUCAAUACUACGACCCUCCCGGUCGGUGGUGGCCCAGAUGGCAGGGCACCUGUUCUUGUACCGGCUGGCACGGCCGUGGGAUACUGCGUCUACAUCAUGCACCGGCGAAAAGAUCUCUACGGCGAGGAUGCAGACGAAUUCCGCCCCGAGAGGUGGGAGGGUGACAAUCUGAGAGACAUUGGAUGGGGGUAUCUACCCUUUAACGGGGGGCCCCGCAUAUGUCUCGGUCAGGAAUUUGCUCUUCUCGAGGUUUCCUACACUCUCGCCCGGUUUGUACAGCUAUAUCCGGGGAUAAAGGUAUCCGAAAACGAGCCCGACGUGAGAAUCGGCGAGGAGAAACAGACCUUGACGCUUGUCGUGGGCUGCGCUGAAGGGUGCAACGUGUCGCUCGGGGGCGACUAG